AUGGCGCCCAAGCAGGCCUCGAGGGCCUCAGCUUGUCUCAGCCGGGGUCGCAACAGCAGCAGGUCGCCGUCGCCUUCACCGGCGCCCAAACGCUCCAAGGCCAAAGUGGCCACCGCUCCUCCCCCCACCAAACUGCUGCUUCCCACCAGCCCGAUCGAUGAGGACGACGACGCUGUCGUUUGCGUCGGUUCGCAGAUGCCUUCAAGGGCGCCCGCGGGUACCAGCAGAAGCACCGAGUCGUCGCAGGCGACCGGCAGUUGCCCCCGCGGCAGCGGCAGCGCCAGCGGCAGCGCCAGCGGCAGCGCCAGCGGCAGCGCCACCCAUGCCGUCUCCGCUCGUCUCGAGGAGCAGGGCAAGCAGCCCAGCACCUGGUCACCGCUCACCAACGACGAGGUCGAAGAGCAGCCGCUGACCAAGUACAAGAUGCUGCACCACAUCAUGCACGACUGCCACAAGACGCUCAACUUUGCAAUCGGACUUGCCAAGAGCGUCCAGGAGCGCAAAGAAGCCGGGGACAAGCAGAUGGAUGCGAUCGUCAACCUCGCAGCGCAGGUCGACCGUGUGCUUGAGGAGCUCGCCGACGCCCGCGUCCAGCUUGCGAACCUUGCCAGGGGCAAGGGGGGUGGAAAGCAAGACUUGCCGCUGCCCCGCAAGCCGCAGCUUGCGUUCACGCAGUUGUUGCGCGAGAUCAUGGCCGUGCCCGAGGGUAACAUCCCCGAGUUCUCCGACCUGUGCAAGCCGCCGCUGCGCAUCAACUGGAACGCGUACGAGUACAAGAGCAAGUUUGAGGUGGGACUUACCGACUGGGCCGCAAACAAGAUUGCCAACAACCGCGGCAACUACGGCGUCCCGGAGGACAUGAGCCUCGAGAGGAUCAAGAAUGGCUGCUUGAGGUCGCUCCGCAACCAUCGCAACCGAGGCUGCCAGAUGGCCGAUCCGACAAAGGCAGCCAAGGAGCGAGAGCGCGUCCAGUGGGAGAGGCGCUACCGCAGGCGCGUCGUGUUGGCGGCCAACCGGAUGGACGCCCUCAAGUCCCUGAUGGACUACGAGGGCAAGAAGGACCCCCGCAACGAUGCCUUGGACGUCAAGCUGCUCAGCCUUGAGGUAUCGUCUGACGAGGGAGGAGACGAGGGAGAAGGAGCGGGACACGGUCAGCGACAGGUCUCAGGCUCAAAGCGCACAACGCUGCUGUCGCCGGAGUGGGGCAGCAAGGAACGCCUCGAGCUCAUGGCCAAGUGCGACCGCAGGGCGGCGAUGCGCCGACUCUCGGAGCCGAGGGUCAGCCGCGCGCGCGACAGUUGGAUGGUGUCGGGCACAUGGAAGGACAAGGACGACGAGCACAAGGCGGCGUGCAAGGACGUCCAGCGCAACAGGCCGACGGAGGGUAGGACGGGCAACCAGUGGGGAGAGGACAGCGGCAUGGUGGUCAAGAAGUGGGAAGAGGUACGCAAGCGUCAGUAA